UGCCCAGCUCCCCGGCCGCCCCCGCGUACCGGUGCAGACGCCGGCGGAGCAAAGCCAGCGCCGUUCCCAGCUGCCAUCAGAGCCGCCUCGGUGACUCAGCAGCCGUGCUGAAAGCUCCCUUAUUUAUUUAAACGGCUGCUCCCGCUCCACUGAGCAUCCCCCCCCCCCCCCCCCCCCCCUCUCCCCGCAGCGAUGCUGCCGCUGGGCCGGCUCCGGCCGUGGCUCGGCGAGGAGGAGAACGCUCCCCAGCACCCCGAACCCCCCGGUUUACUCUCGCCGCGAUGGCUUUGACUACCUGGGCUCUCGGUCCUGCGCUGCGGCUCUGUGCCGCCGGCCCUGCCUGCUCCUGGGAGAUGCUGCACGUGGCCGGAGCCGGUGUGUGCGGCUGCUGCGGCGCGCUGCGUCCUCGCUACAAAAGACUCGUCGACAACAUCUUCCCCGAGGACCCCGAGGAUGGGCUGGUGAAGACCAACAUGGAGAAGCUGACAUUUUAUGCUCUGUCUGCCCCGGAGAAGCUGGAUCGCAUCGGUGCCUACCUCUCCGAGCGGCUAAUCCGAGACGUGAGCCGGCACCGAUAUGGGUACGUCUGUAUUGCCAUGGAGGCCCUGGACCAGCUCCUCAUGGCCUGCCACUGCCAGAGCAUCAACCUCUUCGUGGAGAGCUUCCUGAAGAUGGUGGCGAAGCUGCUGGAGUCAGAGAAACCCAACCUGCAGAUCCUGGGGACUAACUCGUUCGUCAAGUUUGCCAACAUCGAAGAGGACACCCCGUCUUACCACCGCAGCUACGACUUCUUUGUCUCCCGCUUCAGCGAGAUGUGCCACUCCAGCCACGAUGACCUCGACGUCCGGACGAAGAUCCGGAUGUCUGGCAUUAAAGGCCUGCAAGGAGUCGUGAGGAAGACGGUGAACGAUGAACUCCAGGCCAACAUCUGGGACCCACAGCACAUGGACAAAAUCGUGCCCUCGCUGCUCUUCAACUUACAGCACGUGGAGGAGGCUGAAAGCCGCUCCCCCUCUCCGCUUCAAGCCACCGAGAAGGAGAAGGAGAGUCCCACGGAGCUGGCGGAAAGGUGUCUGCGGGAGCUGCUGGGCCGAGCGGCGUACGGCAACAUCAAGAACGCCAUCAAGCCCGUCCUCAUCCACCUGGAUAACCACUCGCUCUGGGAGCCGAAGAUCUUUGCCACGUGCUGCUUCAGGAUCAUCAUGUACUCUAUCCAGCCGCAGCACUCCCAUCUCGUGAUCCAGCAGCUCCUGGGGCACCUGGAUGCCAACAGCAAGAGUGCGGCCACCGUGCGGGCGGGCAUCGUGGAGGUCCUCUCGGAGGCAGCGGUGAUCGCAGCCUCCGGGUCUGUUGGCCCCACGGUGCUGGAGGUUUUUAACACCCUGCUGAGGCAGCUGCGGCUCAGCAUUGACUACGCGCUGACGGGGAGCUACGACUGCGCCGCCGGCGUCAGCACCAAGAUCAUCAAGGAGCACGAGGAGAGGAUGUUCCAGGAGGCCGUCAUUAAAACCAUAGGGUCCUUCUCCAGCACGCUGCCCACCUACCAGCAGUCUGAGGUGAUGGUCUUCAUCAUGAACAAGGUGCCGCUCCCCUCCUCGCAGCAGUCCAUCGAGGCUGGCAAAGCUGGGGAGAACAGGAAUCGCCUGACACAGAUAAUGCUCCUGAAGUCCCUCCUCCAGGUCUCUGUGGGCUUCCAGUGCAGUAACAUGCUCACGGCACUUCCCAGCGCCUUCCUGGACAGGCUGCUCUCUGCAGCCCUCAUGGAGGAUGCUGAGAUCCGCCUCUUUGUCCUCGAGAUCCUCAUCAGCUUCAUCGAUCGCCACGGGAACCGGCAGAAAUUCUCCACCAUCAGCACCAUCAGCGACAUCUCGGUCCUGAAGCUGAAAGUGGACAAAUGCUCGCGCCAGGACACUGUCUUCAUGAAGAAGCACGGCCAGCAGCUCUACCGCCAUAUCUACCUAAUAUGCAAGGAGGAGAGCAACGUGCAGGCUCACUACGAGGCUCUCUACAGCCUGCUGAUGCUCGUCAGCAUCGAGCUGGCCAACGAGGAGGUCGUGGUGGACCUCAUCCGCCUGGUGCUGGCAGUGCAGGAGAUUGCCCAGAUCAACGAGGAUAACUUGACGGCGUACAACCGCUGCGCGCUCUUCGCCCUCGGUGCAGCUUACCUGAACCUCAUCAGCCAGCUCACCACCGUGCCCACCUUCUGCCAGCACAUCCAUGAGGUCAUCCAGAUGCGACAGAAGGAAGCGCCUUAUUUGCUCCCUGAAGAUGUGUUUGUGGAGCGACCCAGGUUGAGCAAGAGCCUUGACCGCCUGGGCCCGGAGGUUUUCUUCUGGCAGAGCAAAAUCAGCGAGGUGCUGGGCGGCAGCGGCUACAACUCGGACCGGCUCAGCACACCCUACAUCCCCCAGCUGACGGAUGAAGACCGCCUGUCCAAGAGGAAGAGCAUCGGCGAGACCAUUUCCCUGCAGGUCGAGGUGGAAUCGAGAAACAGCCCUGAGCGAGAGCAGCGAGCACCGGCGGAAGAGAUCACGUACGAGACGCUGAAGAAGGCGAUCGUAGACAGCGUCGCCGUGGAGGAGCAGGAGCGGGAACGGCGGCGGCAAGUGGUGGAGAAAUUUCAGAAAGCCCCGUUCGAGGAGAUCGCUGCCCACUGCGGCGCCCGGGCGACGCUGCUGCAGAGCAAACUCAACCAGAUCUUCGAGAUCACCAUACGGCCGCCGCCAAGCCCCUCCGGCACCAUCACAGCAGCCUACGGCCAGCCCCAGAACCACUCCAUCCCGGUGUACGAGAUGAAGUUCCCGGACCUGUGCGUGUACUGAAGGUGGCCGUGCUGGCAGGGCACAGCUCGCACCAAAGGACCUCGUGGGGAGAGACUGCCGGCCUCGUGCGGGACGGGUGGGGGGGGGGGGGGGGACACGGACGCCGAGGCCCACCCCCAAGAUCCGUCGGCACCCCCAAACCCCUCUCCUGUACUUUCUUUGCGUGACCCUUUGCCUCCGCAGCCACGUUUGCGGUGCGGGAGGCUCGGGGCGCAGCGGCGCGGGGAGGUGGGUAUUUUGCUGUGACCUCCCUCUCGGGUUUUGUUUUUCGGGAAGGGGAGAGGAGAUGCUUGGGCAUGUACAUCUUCCCGGCAUAAAGCAACCCUGUUCCCUGGGGGAUCCCUCCCCGCGUCGUCUGUCGGCCACGUCGCGAGCCCCUGUCGAGGGGGCAGGGCUGAACCUGGAGGGUGCGAGACUGGAAAAGGCAGGAGGGGGGUUUGGGGUGCAGCGCGCCGGGGCGCGGGGCAGCCACAAAACCAAAGCCUGCCCGAGCUGGUGCUUGAGGCAAAUACAGUCCCUACGUCCAGCUCCUGGGCUGUGAGCCUCCAUCUCCCCGUAGCCCCCCCCCCCCCCAUCACCCCGUGGCCAACUCCCCUGGGCGCUUCACCGCACCCCGAUGCCCGGUGCAGCACGAGGGUGGCGAUCGCCCCACCCCAGGGUGGGGACACACAGCAGCCUGGCUGGUUCCAGGUCACUUGAAAACACGAUUCCUUUGGGAAAACUCACUAUUUUUUGAUUGGGGGGGGGGGUGGGGGGGUGGAAACCCACGAGAGCCGUGCCUCUCGCCCGGGUCACUGGGCAGGCUGCUCGCGGCAGGGCUGGUGUGACUGAGCCCCUGUGGCACCUGGAGCGGUGACACGAGGCAUGAGCAACCACCGUGCUGGGGAAUAUUAACACAUUAACCCACCGUUUUCAUAUCUUCGGGGUGGGUUGUCACAGUUCUGGGGUUCCUGUCUCAAAGAAAUAAUUUUUUUUUUUUUUUUUUUUAAAGCAGAAUCACUCUGUCAAAGUCCAAUCUUAAAUGGCUCUUUGCCAUAAUCGCAAAGAAAGCCCAGUGCAGCAGGAAAGAGCUGCGAUAAGAUGUUGAAGGGGUCCUCCCUGCAGCCCCUGCAUCUGGCGGGCUGGGGAUCGAGCCUGUUCUUGUGCCGUAGGAUAAAACAGGAUUUGGGCUGAAGGGGAAAAGAGGCUGUCAAGAGUUUGACUUCAGACACGUGUGGUAGAAAAUUCUGGGUCCUACUAAACCGAAACUGCAAGGUGAAGACGGGAGGGAUGGGGAGGAAAGGUUGCUUGGGGGUGUUUGGUUGUUCACAGGGGAUGUUCAGUCGUUCACAGGGUCUCUCUUGCUCCAAAAUGCCUGUUUAAAUGUCAGUGCGCUAAGGCUGUUCCCAAAGUUGGGCGCUGCCCGCAGCUUCCCCACUGUCAGCCCUCCCCGAGCAGCCCGGGGGGCUCUCGGGGAGCCCCUUCCCCUCCGGCCAGACACGCUGCUUCUUUCUCUUUGCCCCAUGAAGAGACUCAGAAGGGUCUAAAGCUGGAGGCGUGGGAGCUGCUUUUGUACGUGGCGGAGGGGCAGCAGGGAAAGGAGCCGCUCGGCGUUCACCCCAGCUCUGCCCAGUCCCCCCUGGGUUCCCAUUUCUCUGCCACCUCUCCCUGCAGACCUUCAGGCAGUUAUUUUAAGCUGUAAUUACACGUUACCACCCCCUCUUUUUUUUUUUUUUAAUUUUUUUUUUUUUAACUCGGUGGCGGAUACAGUCAAUGCUCGCCCCGAGGUCACCGCUUGUUUGUGUGGUCGUGCUGUAAUCCGGCGUAAUAAUCUUCUGUUAAGAAAUGAUCUAGUUUAAGAGCACAGGAAAAACAAGGGUUUAUUUUGGUCCCUGGGCUGGAUCGUGGCGUGGCUCUGCCCGUGCCAGCCCUGCCCCUUGCUGCUGCCUCUCCUCAGGGUCCUCAUGUGUCUCUGUCCCCUGUCCCCAAGCCCUUUUUGCUCCCUGGGUUAGGCCUGGUCCAGCUGAAACCUGGGUUUUGGCUGGGGUGGGGGGGGGUUUGGGGUUGGCAGUGGGAAGGCAAACCAGGCUGCUCGGCGAAGCAGCGUUUGCGCCCGUGGUCUGUCCUAACGAAAAGCGCUAAAAUUUUUAACACAGCCCAUGCGGGAAAAGCGAUUAACCCUCACACGGUGUGUCCGGGGUGGGGGGGGGGGGAAAAAAACGACUCCGAAACUCUUCAAAACCACAAAGAAGCGGGGAAGGUGAGCGCAAGGUUUGGUGGCGCUGAAGGAGGGGAAGCCACGGGGACGCGGGCCCUCCUGUCCCCGUGCUUUUCACCUCCCGGCUGCCUGCGUCCCCCCAGCAUGUCUCACCGCUGCCCCUCCGCAGUCUGGGACCCAAAAGUCCCCCCCAGACACCCCCCCCACCCCCGGUGUAAGUGACCUGUUUGUACAUCACGUUUAGUUUAGAUACUUGUGUACGUAUAGAUGACAGAGUAUAUUUCUAUAAAGCCGACAGUUUAGGUGCAUGUGUGUGUUUCCAUCUCUGUAUUUCGGAGCACUGUGGCGUUUCCGUGUGUAGCCGAGGGCAAGGAGGGGAGGGGGGGGGGUGGGAACGGGCUGUUCAAAGGGCCAAGAAGCCAUUGGUAUUUUCAAAUGCACCGUCUUAAUGCCCUUUUCAAAUAAAUGUUGAUGUUGCCACAGUA